CUCAAAGGCUGCUGGGAAAUUUGUCUUUCAGGAAGCAGCAUGAGCCACUAAAUAAAUAAGUUGCCAUCACGCAGAAUUAGCAGGUUGGCGGGCGGAAUAACGUUAGCAAAGUUACCAGGAAGAUUCACUCAACCUGCAUGCGUCUUCAAUCAUGCAGGAGGACAUAAGCUCCAUGAUGUCCUGGUUCUCCAGCCCCGUGUACAGCCGCUACUGGCAGCACUACCAGCAGGCCAUGGCCUGGCACCAGAGACACGGGCGAGCCUACCGAAAGGCCUUGGAGGCGGCCUACGGCUGCAGCCAGGAGCGGUAUCCCAGCAGCCACCAGCAGCGCUACGCUGACUGGAACGCAGGAGAGGAAGAGGACGGAGAGGACGGGGACGAGGACGAGGAGAGCGGCUCGGACAGUGAGAUCGAGUGCGACGUCAGCAACAUGGAGAUCAGCGAGGAGCUUCGGCAGUACUUCGCCCAGACAGAGAAACACAGAGAGGAGCUGAAGAAGCAGCAGCAGUUGGAGGCCGAGCAGCACGAGAGCUAUGUGCCGGCAGACCAGGACCUGCGCGGCGCCUCCUGGCGAAGUAGCAUGGCCCCUCCCUUGGAGCGACCCGGCGAAAGACGCGGGGCUGAGAUGAAGAAGCUGUAUGGCAGGGAUGCCGCCAAGAUCCUGGCCAUGGAGGCGGCAAUGCAGCUCAAUUUUGACAGAAACUGUGACCUCAAACAGCCCAAGUACUGGCCUGUUAUUCCACUGAAACUGUGACGGCUGCGGGCUGUGAACGCUUUGAUUUGGAGGAAAUCCCUUCCCUGAUCUCUUGGUGAGACGGCAGCUUUGUCGUGUAAUGGAUUGUGGCUGCUGAUGGAGAACUGAUGGUGUCGCUUAGCUGAGGGUUACGAGUUAUUUUAAGCACAAAAAAAGUUGCAUAAAUUAGCUGAGCUUCUGCUCAGACAGACGUGAAUGUUACUGACCUGUCAGCGGCUGCUCUAAAUGAAAACGUAUGAUUUCUUUUUAAUGCUACAUAUAACGUUGGAUUUCUUUGUUGCUUUACACGUUUACAGAAGUUUAUUUUUAACUCAGGAUCAAGCGUGCAACACUAUCAUUUAUCCAAGAGACUGCAUGGUUGUACGUGGUCCUUCCAAAGUUGUUUUUGACAGAUUUCGGGACCAAAACUGAAAAGCAUCGAGAAUAAAAGUGAGUGUCCGCUGAGGUUCAGAGGUGCAGUAAAACUGCUCCUGUAGGUAAAUGUAUUCAAACAUGUGCCUGCGUGUUACCUCCUAAUCUGUUUCUGUGUACCCUCUAGCUGGGUGAUGAUGCAUGCUGCAGGACCUCCUCUUAUGCUUAUCGACUUGGUCUAACCACAAAACCAUUUUCAACCCCCCUUCCUCUGUCGCUGCAUCUGAUAUUCCACAUUUCAACAUACACGGAGAGUGUGUAUUUUGUUUUUGUCGUUUCUAAACUGACGUUUCAUCGCGUUCAAAGCUGCUCAUGUGGUUUCUCAGGAGAGACAUUGACUAUUCUCUUUUAUCUUGUGCUUGCACCACCCAGCACCCCCCUUUUUAGACUGAAGGAUGUGUAUUUUAAUAUGAUUCUGUUUUCAAUAAAGUGUUCCCCGUCUGGAUUAAACCUG